ACAUAUUGCUUACUGGAGCAAAUUCUGGAAAGCUAGCAGUGGGGAAAAGGAUUUGAACUUGGUAUACAUCUUCACGGCUUACUAUACUUAAAACAUAAACACAAUAAUGGAACCGUCAGCCAGUCCGGCCAAGGACAACUACAGGAUGAACCGCUACAAGAACAAAGCACUGAAUCCAGAGGAGAUGAGGCGCAGGAGGGAAGAGGAGGGCAUCCAACUCAGGAAACAAAAACGAGAACAGCAGCUUUUCAAGAGGAGAAAUGUGGACGUUCUCAACGAGGAGGAGGUCAUGUUCGAGAGUCCGCUGGUGGACUCGUACCUCAACUCUCCAGCAACAGAGGGAGUCAUCACCAGAGACAUGGUGGACAUGCUUUUUUCAGAAGACCCAGAGCUUCAGCUUGCCACAACACAAAAGUUCAGAAAACUACUUUCCAAAGAGCCCAACCCACCGAUCGAUGAGGUCAUAAACACAGCCGGUGUUGUGGAGCGGUUUGUGGAGUUUCUGCAGAAGAGCACCAACUGCACACUACAGUUCGAAGCUGCCUGGGCCCUGACCAACAUCGCGUCGGGAACAUCCCAGCAGACGAAGACGGUCAUCGAGGCCGGAGCCGUGCCCAUCUUCAUCGAACUCCUCAACUCAGACUUUGAGGACGUCCAAGAACAAGCUGUGUGGGCAUUGGGUAAUAUCGCCGGGGACAGCGCGGUAUGCAGGGAUUAUGUGCUGAACUGCAACAUCCUAACACCGCUGCUGUUGCUUUUGACCAAAUCUACUAGACUGACGAUGACUAGGAAUGCAGUAUGGGCUCUGUCUAACCUCUGCAGAGGCAAAAAUCCUCCACCUGCUUUUGAAAAGGUGUCCCCCUGUCUGCCCGUGCUGUCCAGGCUCUUAUUCAGCAGCGACCCAGACUUGCUGGCAGACGCCUGCUGGGCUCUUUCCUACCUCUCCGACGGCCCCAACGACAAGAUCCAGGCUGUCAUCGACUCAGGCGUCUGCAGGAGGCUGGUGGAGCUGCUCAUGCACACAGACUACAAGGUGGCCUCUCCUGCUCUGAGAGCCGUCGGAAACAUCGUCACUGGAGACGACAUUCAGACACAGGUGGUGUUGAACUGCUCAGCUUUACCUUGCCUGCUGCACCUCCUCAGCAGUCCUAAAGAGUCGAUUCGUAAGGAAGCCUGUUGGACCAUCUCCAACAUCACAGCUGGAAACCGAGCACAAAUACAGACGGUGAUUGAUGCCAACAUCUUUCCAGUCCUGAUUGAAAUUUUGCAAAAAGCGGAGUUCAGAACCAGAAAAGAAGCAGCAUGGGCCAUCACCAACGCUACAUCUGGAGGAACACCAGAGCAGAUCAGGUAUCUGGUGAACCUGGGCUGCAUCAAGCCCCUGUGUGACCUCCUCACCGUAAUGGACUCCAAGAUUGUUCAGGUGGCGCUUAACGGGCUGGAAAACAUCUUGAGGCUGGGCGAGCAGGAGGCCAAGCAGGAGAACAACGGCACCGGCGUCAAUCCCUACUGCAGCCUCAUCGAAGAAGCCUACGGACUAGACAAAAUUGAGUUCCUCCAGAGCCACGACAACCAGGAGAUCUACCAGAAGGCGUUUGACCUGAUCGAGCGCUACUUCGGUGUGGAGGAUGAAGACAGCAGUCUAGCUCCUCAGGUGGACCAGGCCAACCAGCAGUUCCUAUUCCCUCAGCAAGAAGCUCCAAUGGAGGGCUUCCAGCUCUAAGAUUUCUUAAGUACACCACUCACCCACUGUCCCAUCUGUAUACUCACCCUCCACCCCCAUUUUGUGGAAGGCCCCAUGAUGCCUGAGUCAUGCCACUGUGCUCUCUCGCCUGAUCUCUCCAAGCACACAUACACACACACAAGCCCGCCCUUUGGAGGAAAGCUUAAACUGUCGCCCUCUUAAGCCCUAAAACUGCCCUCUCCAACCAUGCUUUUCCACCAGUUGGACAAAUGGCUCACAGGGCAGACGUGUUUUUGUUUUUGUUGUUGUUGUUUUCUUUUCUUUUCCCGGCCACUGGGAGCAUUUCUUACAAACUAAUAACCAAGUUGGGGGGAACUGAUCACCUGAAAACCCGAAGCGGUUCGAAACGUGCACAAGGACUUCUUCCUGCCGUUUGGUAGCUCUUAGCUCCGGUCGCCAGCAGCAACCAGUUAGGAUCUUUAUCGAAAUUUCUUCACCAGUGGGACAUUCCUGUUUUCUGGAUUACCCAUGCAUCCCCUCGCAGUCCACAAACGGGGGGCGUCCAGUUUGUGACAUCAGUUUGAUUUUGUGCAAUGCAACAUAGGCGUACCUUUUUUUUUUGUUCCUCCUCCCUUUUUAGCUUUUAUUAUUUACCUCUAACCCUUAUUUAUCUUCUCCUUUAAAGGUGUUUUUCUUUUUCUGUAAAUGAAAAGUCUUUUUUUGUUUUCUUUUCUAUAAAGAAAUACCCUAAUUGUUAGGCUUAGGGCUGGCCUAAACCUGCCGCCCAAGCGACGAAACGACUUUUACGUUGUAGUGGGGAGGGAAUAGUUGAGAUGUAACAGAAUAAAUUGAAACUAGGAAGGACUGUGAUUGGGAUUUUGGUGAAGAUUAAGAGUUUUUUUAUUUUAACCAUGAAAAAAAAAUCCACUUUUUUUUCUUUUGUUUUCGAGGGCGGGAUAUUUAAAUAUCCUUAUAUUCAUUGUUUGCUGUGUUAAUAACAUUUGAAUUAUGAAGUGAUCUAUUAAACAAGGCAUAGUUCAGGGGGCGUCAAGGUGGAGCAGAGCCUGCUGCGCUGGCAGCAAACUGAACUUCUUUUUCUGUCUGGCUGUAUUUAAAAAGAAGGUGGAAAAACCUUCUGCAGUAGAGAAAAUUUCAUAGUUUAGUGGUUCAACUGAACCUCACCUCCCGGUCCCCUGCAGUGUAAAUGGGUUCCUGUUUGGCAGUCGGGCCCUAUGGUGGGGGGUCUCUGCAUGGUAUUCUACCACCCUACCUGCAGCCACGGAGGGUUCCUCGCCAAGUGCAACCUGUUGGUACGGAGAGGCGAAACGUACCUUGUAAAACAACACGCAGGGCUCAAAGAAGAAGCUGGACUCUAACACGAUAACUUUAGGUGGUGUGAAUAGUGAUAGUCUAGUGACCACGGUGGUGUUUUCUUUAGUGGUAGAGUUGAUUAAUAGCCUCUGGCGUUCGAUAUCACUAUAUCUUUGAGAAAUGGAGAUGACAACCGCUAACGACUUUUUGCAUGGGACAGUUGUGCUUACGUGUGGGUGUUUUGUUCAUGUAAAUAGCCUCUUCCUCUGCCCAGCCAGGACAAUUCUGCUGCUUCUGUGUGGGUCUAAUAACAGCUGGAGGGUUGGAAGAUAGCUCUGAAGAUAAGUGACAAGCCUAACUGCAACAAAAGUUCAAGUAUCUAAAUAGAAGUAUAUUUGGAUUUUGAUGUAUUUGCAUUAAUAUAUCUUUGCGUACACUUCAUGCACACUUGCAUACAACACCAGCUGAAACACAGAUGAGUGACUAGAAACAAAAACUAGCUUCCAUUACGAAGAAGGGGGGGAAAAGGAGUAGUAAAAUGUUCAUGUUUGAGCACAAACUUUCUUUAGCUCCCAUUUCUACUGUAGUAAAUAUUUUGUUGAAUGAAUUGGUCAAAUGCAGAGUUGCUUAUUGCUAUGGAAACUUGUCGUUGUUUCUAGCCACAGGACUUCUGAUGGUUGAGAUUAGCUGAGUUGACGCUGACCAGGGAUUGGCUGUGUUUCUGUUCAGGCCAGUCUCUGGUCAGUGUUGAGGCGCUGUAGAUGAAGUAGAAGUGUGCUCGUGUGAGUUUUGACUGACAGGCGCUGUGUGAGGGAGUAGGUCUAUUGACUCUAUCAAGAAUAUGUCCUAAUCAGAGUCGGGAGGGGGGAAGGGAAACCGCUGCUGUUCUGUGGAUUACUGAAGCACUCAAAUGUAUGGAAGAUGAACACAAUCAGGUUUCUUUAAAGUAACCAAAUAAAACAAUCUUCUGAGGAUUAUUCUGACUUUUCUUGGAACCCCAAAGUGGUAAACAAUUUUUGUAUCAUCUAUAGUUGCAAUUGGAGGUUUUCAUCCAUUCACUGUGGAUGUGUUGUAUUAAUUUGGGGCUUUUUAAUGCUUUUGAGUUGUGAAAUGACUUGUGUAAUCAAGGCAGUCUGAAUUCUACCUGGAAGCUCAAAUGUAUACAUAUACCUCCCUGCCUUUGCUCCCCUUUAGACUUGGCUAACUUAGCUUUAGCAAGCUGCAGAAAAACUACAUGCCUUUUGUCGCCAUUAACAACCUUCUGGCAUAACUGACAGAAUAUUUGAAGGUCACUUUUUUAUCCAAUUUUUCUGUUUUCCUGGCAGUGAAUUUGCUCAUCCAGGUGAGUUAAUUCCAUCUAGAUUGAAGAGGAAAUCCAAGCUAGAUGGAACAUUCUUGGUUAGCUAAGAAACACUGGCAUCUUUCUUGGUUAGCCAGUGUAAACAUUCGCAUCUGUCAUUGAAAAUGACUAUCUCUGCCCAGACGAGUCAUCUGACUUUCAUCUUGUUCAGAGAUCUCUUUAAAGAAGUAUACCGGUGGGAGGGGGUAUGUAUAAUUAUGAACCUGCCUGGACAGAAAAUCCACACUUAAUUCCAACUUAAAAUGAAUCCAAGUUGUUUGUAUUAUCAUCCCAGCCUAGACAAGCAAUCCUUCAAAGGCAUUAAAACCCCAAAAUUACUGUGACGUUUGUGCGCAUAAUAAUUAAAAGUAAACCUCUGAUUGGCAUUUCUCAUCUGUCUCUUACCACGUUAAGCACCAUUCUGCAAGAUGUGUUAAACAUGAUCUGACAGAUGACUCUGUGCCUAGUUUUAUCCGCAGAAUACGAGUGCUCCCGGUCGACGCGAGAAGUCGAAUCAUGAAUUAAUCAACAACAUCUUACCUCUACCCGACAGAAGUGUAGAGCAGCAUUUAGACCCGGGAGUCUUUGGUUUCCUGGCCAAUUCUGUGCUUGGCCUACAAAUAUAAUGCCAGAAUUGCAAUAUAUAUAAAUAAAUAUAUAUAUAUUAAAGAAAAAAAUCAUUGCAUCAAGGAGAGAAAGAGAGAGAGGAAAAAAAAGUUUAUAUUUCUUAAAAAUCAAAAUGCACUCCUGCUCACUAAAGUGCCAAUCCGACCAACAAAGACUGGAGGAUCCUGCGUUUCUGUCUUUGACUUGUAGAUUAUUUCUUUAUAUCUUUAUUUACUUGAAUGUGCACAUGUUUUUUGUGCAAACCAUUGCUGCUCUAUUUUCCUUAUCUUUCAAGUUACAUUAUUUGCCAUUGUUUCUUAAGGUGGCAUUCUUUAACAAUGAUGUCUAAUUAUCUGGGUUGGGUUUUGGGAGCGGGUGGUUGGGUGGGGGACUGACUUGACUCUAUAAAACGGAUGUUUUUCCAUUGACGGGAUGUUCUCUACGACUCUUGUGGUUUUCGCUGCGCGUAGCUCAGCUGCUGCACGGCUGUUUGGAAUUGUACCACCUGUUUCUGUUGAGACCGGUGUUUAGCCUUUAGCAUUUAGCUCAAGCCGAGGCCCCCAGUCCUUGUACGAAAAGUAGAAAAUAGCUGCACUAGAUGCAAAUACAUACCGAGAACCGACCAUCAUAGCAGACUGAUGCAGGCACCAAUCUCACUGCCAGUUAGUUUACCAAAGUUUUGUCAUCCUCAUCGCAGCAUUUUCAGUCCCUCCCUGAGAGAAAAGGCUCUCUUCUUCUUUUUUUCUCCCAAAUUCAAGCUCAGUUGAAUCUAAUUCCGAAGACUGCAUUUAAAUCUCAGAGACGAGAUACAAACCUGAUCUCAUGUGACUUGAGGUCAGAGGGAAACUCUUGAUGUUUAGUUUUUUUUUUUUCCUUGAGUAUUAAAAUGUGGAUAUUAAGGAAAAAAAAAUAAAGUGCAGCAAUUUACAUUAAAGUGUUAUAAUUUUAAACUAUGUAUGUUCUGAUACAUUGACAGGGAUUCAAAUACAAUUCUGAUCACUUCUGAGAAGUGGAGAAAAAAAGCCUCAGUAGAACUUGUAACAGGAUGAAUUAAGCGUAGUAAAAAAAGAAAAGAAGACGAAGAAAUGGAGGUGAAUAUCCAAAAGCCUUUCUGCUUCUCUUUUCUGUGAUUUCUAUCAUUUUUGGAAUAUUUGAUUGUUUCAGUCGGGCUGCACGAUCAGAAAUCUUGUUACUUAAUAUGGGAGUGAGUUUAAAAUAAUAAAAAAAAAACCUCUUCAAAAAAAAAAAAAGAUUCACAUCUUAACUUGUCUUCCGUCCUGGACACUUUUGGUGUCUUUAUGAAAAUCUAACGCCUCAGCUCGACGUCUAUGCUACAAAUGUUUACAAUACUCCUCGUUUCUAAAAUCCUAUUUGUAUGCCAUCACUAAACAGUCCUGAUGCAUCCUCUGCUCUGGUCUUCUCAUUUCUGUCUCUAUUUAUUUUCCUCUUUUUUUUUUUUUCCCCGGUCAGUACUUUUCUUUUUUUGCUCCAAAUUAACCAUGUUGUAUACUGUGACUCGACUGGACUUUACCGACGGUAUGAAUGAGUGACGAGAACCUAACCACACUUCAGCUGAACAUGAUACACAAACAUAAACAUGGAAGAGAAAAAAAUAAAUAAUAAAUAAAAAAAAAACAGUGCAUACAGGAAUCUGCAACAAUAUUAGAAAUGUAAAGAAACUGUAUUGAAUUUAACAUUGUUCAGAGGAACUACUGUACAAAACAAAUAAAGUUAUGUUUCAACCCUUU